GGGAAUCUGUCUAAAGCAGUGUUGUAUAACCGUGUGAAUGUGUGGGAGGGCUCCUUCCUUGUCAGCCUUGGUGUUUUUCCCGAGUGGGCAGAGCUUUGCAGACUCCUCCCGUCGUGUGAUGAAGUUGAGAUGUGAGCUUUCACACACACACGCACACACACACGUAGACUGGAGCCUCCCGACGGCUGGAUGCCACGAUGGGGAGAGGUGUGGAACACGAUCGUGGAAGCCUUUAGGAUAGGACCACAACGUCGAGCUUUACCCACUUUCACGGAACAUGUCACCGCCUUUUGAGUAAAGAGGACCAGCAUUCCCUCCCAGCGACACCACUGUCGUCUGCUUCCCCCGCUGAGGAGCCGCCUCCUUGGGCGGUCUUCGUGGAUCUCCCUCUGCGGUGCUCCUUGUCGGUCAUGUUGUAGUUUUGCCCAAAAGCGAGAGAAGUACUUUGCUCGUUUUCUAUUUUUUGGAGGUGGCGGUGAAGUUCGGGCGAUGGUGUUAUGGCCACCUCCGGGGCUCCAAAGUGUCCGAAGAGUGAGAAGUUGGACGAGGCGCAGGCUUUGGCCAAAAGCUGCGCUGGUAGACCAGACUUCCUGCCUUGUGAUGGACUCUCCAUCUGCGCCACACACAGCCACGGCAAGUGCUUCAAGCUGCACUGGUGCUGCCACCUGGGAUGGUGCCACUGCAAGUACGUCUACCAGCCCAUGACCAAUGUGUGCCAGCUGCCCAGCACAGCGGUGCCCCCUGCUGACGCGGAGUACAGCAACACCAUCGACCUGUCCGUCUCCCUGGCUGAGCGCUUCCUCAAGCUGGCGCCCUGCUUCCGUUCGCCUCCUCACUUGGAGUCACCAAAGUACUGUGUGAUCGCAGACCUGUUCGUGGACGACUACGUCGUCAAACGAAUCAACGGAAAGAUGUGCUACGUGCAGCGCCCCGUGCCUGCGCUACCUGAACCGCCGCAACCUCCCGCUCCUCCCGCACCAGCUCCAGCUACACCUCAGAGGCCUCCGAAUCCCCCUCAGCCACGACCCGCUGUCAAGCCCACGCCGCCGGACCAGCACACGCUUGCGCCACCAACAGGCCAACAGGUGCACAGUGAACACCAACACUCCUCGCCCCUGGACAAGAUAAAGGGGCCCAAAAUGGACCACUGCUCUUCUCCAUCCAGCUCCGAGGACUCUGGCAUCAACGCCCUGGGUCUGCACUGUAUGGAAUCCUGUGAGGAAGAAAGUGAGGAGGACGAGGAGGAUGACGAGUUAAGCACAGAUGGAAACUCCAGUCCUGGCAGCCUGUGGGAUCAGGACGACAGCUCUCUGCUGUCUCCCUCCAAGUCUAUGAUUGAGAUCAUAGAAAAGAUCGAAACAACUGUCUGAGAGCGACAUCAUGACAUCAAGAACAGCACCUUAGGGUGUCUUGUAGAUGACCCUGGAGGAGGCAAACACACUCCUCGAUGGGGUUGGGGUCUUUUGGAGUUUUUCCUACAGGAGGUCACCUGCACUUCACAUCCUCUACUCACAUUCCCUGCAUGGAGUCUGUUUCUACUACUUUCUACAAUACAGGACACAAAGAUGAAGCACAACAUUAAAAAACACAGUGGACCAAACAGCACAUGAUGGGAACGGAAAAUACUUCAAGGAAGGUGAAAACAUAACCAGGCGCAUUAAUGCAGAGCCACACUGGAAAGAAAACAUACGAUUAUACCAUGAGGAUACAGUCCUGCUUUUACGACAGUAAAGUCAGAAGUCUGAAAAUGUUUUUUUCUUACAUGUAUAAUUACAAUUUCUUUACAUUUUUUUUUUUGUAAAAUUAAACAUUAGGACUUUUUUCCUGCAAAAUUAUUCUCUUGCCAAAUUUAUUCUCGGAAAAUUCUGACUUUGUUUCGCACAAACGUAAUUACUACAUGUAAAUUACAACUUUAUUCUUGUCAAAUUCAAAUAUUCUCAUCAAAUGAAGACUGCUUUUUCUUCUAACGUGGCCAUUUUUCAUAACAGUGACUUUUUCAGCUUUUUUUUAAAAACCAACUUUUAUUGUUACUAAAUUAUGACGUAGCAAAAUAUUACAACUUGUUUUUCUUGUAAAAUUACUAUUGUAUUCUAAUCUAACUUUUUUCUCAUAUAAUUACUUUUUCUUGAAACAUAACUGUUUUCGUAACGUUAUUUAUUUUCUUGUGACAUCACAACGUAAAUCUCGCCACGCUGACAUAACACUUCGGUGCUUUAUUCUUGUAAAAUGACAUGAAGACUUUAUUUUCACAAAAUGAUCCCCUUUUUUUUUUUUGCAAUGUUGCAACUUUUUCUCUCGUAACAUGAUUUUUUUUUUUGUAAUAGUUUUUUUUUUAAAUGUUAUCUUAUUUCUUGUAACAUAACAUAACUUUGUUUUGUAAAAUCAUUACUUUUUUUUAUAACAUUAUGAGUUUUUCCUUCUAAAAUUAGACAUUUAUUGUCAUAAAAUCAUGCAUUUUUUCCCACAAUAUGUCUUUGUGAUGGUUUCUGGUUAUGAUGUAUCACGUAUAAUUCUUUUUUCUUCUCAUGUGACUUUUUUUUGGUAAAAUUACAACUUUUUUUGUCACAAUGACUUUAUUUCCACAAAAAGAUGACGUUUUUCUUGUAUCAUUACGGCAUUUUUGUAAAAGCAGUACUUGUUUGGAACAUUACAGCUUUUUUUUCCAAUAACAUGACUUCUCUUUGUAAAAUCAACACUUUCUUUUUAAGUUUUUCUCAUAACACAACGUUCCAUCUAUUGGGAACAUUACAGCUUUUUUGUCAUGGCACAACUGCUUCGUAAAAGUGUGACUUUUUUGUUAAACAUGGCCACUUUUUUCUGAUAAAAUGACUUUGCUUUGUAAAAUCAGUAAAAAAAAUGUUGUUAAACAUUCGACUUUUUUCUCAUAACACAACGUUGCGUCGUAAAAGUACCUUUUUUUGGAACAUUUCAACUUUUUUUCUCAUAACGUGACUGUGCUGUAAAAGCAUGACUUUAUUUAAUCAUCGCCAUUUUUUUCUCACAAUACGGCAUUGUUUCAUAAAAUCAUGACUUUUUUCCUCAUAACACCACUUUGCUUUCUAACGGCAUUCGUUUUUUUGUUAAAAAUUCCAACUUUUUUCUCAUAAAAUGACAUUGUUUAGUAAAAAUAUUCAUUUUCCUGAAACAUUACGACUUUUUUGUCAUAACAUAACUGUGUCGUAAAAUCAUUACUUUUUUUUUUUUAACAUUACGACUUUUUUCUUCUAACACGACUUUUGUUUCAUAAAACUCUUACUUUUUUUGUAACAUUAGAGCUUUUUCCUUCUAAAAUUUGAUAUUUAUGCCCCCCGUCCAGCUCUUUCUGUUGUCCUGUGAAUCUGUAAUUGUGUUCUGGCAGCAGUCUAAUUUUGUUUUCUUGUCAGUGUGGCUCAAAUGGUCCACCACUGAAACGGUUCAGUGAAACUUCCCGGCAGGUUUUUCCAAUAGCAGCGUGAGUAAAAGUUGAAAGCGAGUUCUUGAUGAAAAUCCGCGGUUUGCUUGUCAUCCAGCUGUCAGUCAGGUUUUUUUUCUUGUUCUUGCAGCCCACACAAACAAAAAAAGGCCGUAUUGUAAUGACAAGGCCAGCUACCUCUUACAGGGGAAACGUGCAUCAAGCCUUUGAAAGCUGCGUUAGUCUGCACUUAACUGACGCCGACACGCCAGUGGUUUAGGUCAGUGAUCGACAAUCAAGGAUUACACACAAGCACAUUCCUACGCUGUGCCUGCCAGUGAGGACCAAGAACGAUCUUCUCAAAGACUUAUUGUCUCCUGUGCUCUUCAAGCCUAAAGUGGGCUUUAAACAAAGCGAGACUUGCGGUGACCUCCAUUAGCCACCAAGAAAUGAAAUAGCGUGGAUGUGUCUCAGUGGGCCUGAAAGUGGAGAAGGCGCAGCAAAGACCGAAGGGAAGGACACUACAACAAACAGGAAGUUCUAUUAAAAUUUAGCUACAUUGUCAUUUACUUUUUGGCCUUUAGAGUGAAAUGUGUCGCCGUGUCUGCUCAUAUAGAGGAUUGUGGGAAUGGCGUUCCGGCCAUGGAUAGACUUGUGUGUCACUGUUAUUUUGUGCCGUUCAAAUGCACCUUUCAAAGAGAGGAACAGGAUUGUGAAUACAGUACAUGUGUGUGGUGCAUAUAAUGAACAAGACAGGCCCUUUAUUGUGGCGUUCAGAAAUUAAGUCACCCCCGAUUUUAAAUUACUAUUCAACCAAAUGGCAUCAACAAUUCAGUUUGCAUGUCUAUAUUUACCUGCAAAAUGCCAAUUUAACCAAAUGUGUUGUUCAGAACGUUGAAGGUGAAGAGAGAAAAGGCUUUUCUAGUAUUGACGUUAUACAGAACAGUCCCUCUUUAAAUGGAGUUUCAUGUUUUAUGUUCUUAUUAUGCCUAUACUAUUUUCUUAUGAAUAAAUACUAAUGAAACUGCA